UGUGGGACAACAUGUUUUUGUGCUCUUAGUUUCCUUGUAUAUACUGAUACAGUAUUUGCAAGUAAACACCAACAACAUUUAAAUUUAGUUAACAUGAAUUAACAAUGAAUAUUUCUACAUCAUUUGUUAAUUUUGGUUCAUGACAAGUAAUGCAUGUUUAAAAUAAAAUUUUGUUCUGAAACAAUGAACUAACGUGAUAAAACAAUGAACAACAACAUUUGUAUUAAUUAAUAUUCAAGAAUUAUGUUGCUUGUUGUUCAUGUUUGUUACUGCAUGAAGUAAUGUUAUUGAAUGAGUCCUUGUUGUAAAGUGUUAACCUUUUGAGUUUCAGUAACUCUUGAUUUUUGAAUGGGGUGUUACCAUUAAAGCAGUGGUCCACUGAUUUGGACACAGAUUUGAUGGGUGAUUUCUUGUUGGGAGCAGAAGGAACAGACUGUCAUUCACAUUCAGAGUAGACACAAUUGUAUUAUCGAGGUCAGACAUUGAUGUUGGAUGAUCCAGUUCUAAUUCAUCUCAAAGGUGUUUCAGUGGAUUUAGGUCUUGGCUAUGUAAUGGCCAGACUUCUUUCACACCAGAUUCAUAAACAAUACGGACCUCACUUUGUGCACAGGAAAGGCUGGAGCAUGAAUGGGGUCUUCAGCAAACUGUUAUAGGCACAUUGUAUGCAAUAGCAUAAAGAUUCAUCUUCACUGAAAUUAAGACAAACUGGUUAAUUAGAAAGUAAAUACACUUUUAUACUAAUAUGUUGUGUAUUUCUCAAAAUGGGAGAUAUUAGGGAAAAAGUCACCAUGUUGUUGAUGUCCUAUUUCUUUUGUUUCUACAGUUGGUACAUCAUCUGCAUUCUUCUGCCAUUUAUUAAAGGUUUUCCAGUGCCCCGGAUGUUAAAAGUGGAGGCUGUUGCUGGACGGUCUGUGAUCUUGAAUUGUUCCUUGAGGGGCAUUAAUCCUGAAGAGAUUUCUGUACAGUGGAGAGAAGAUAACAUAACCUUUAUGUUUGACAUUAUAAAGGGCAUAGAAACAGUUGGUCAAGAGUACAAGGACAAAGUUCAAAGUUUCCCUGAAGAGUAUCAGAAGGGAAACUACUCCAUCAAAAUAGAACAUCUUCAAAUCACUGAUGCAGGAAAAUAUCUGUGUCUUAUCACAAGCACAAGCUUGCAGCAUUCUGAAAUUAUAGUGCUUACUAUUAAGGAAAGACCAGGAGGAACAGAACCAACUGAAACAAAUUUAACCUCAUCGGCUGAUGGGUCUUCUGCUGUUAUAGAUGUAAUGUGGUUCUUCUGGUUUUUAUUUUUGUUUUGUAUGCAUUAGUUUUAUGCAUGGUUUUGCAUUGUUGGUUGAUGUCAAUGAUAUCAAUGUUUGUUGAUUCAAUGUGAUAUCAAUGAUUCAGUGCUUCAAUGCAAGAAGACCCAGUAUUCAAUGAGGCGAAAUGCUGUAGAAUGGAGUCAUGAGGGAGAACCUUGUCUUUUAUUGACUUGGGGGCCAUCCUCAUGAUGAAGAUAGUGGGGGGACUGGUGGUCUGGAGGGGAUUAUUUUACACCAGACUACACUUUAGUCACCAAAUAGUCUCCAUAUUAGUUUGGUAGCGGUGUCUUUGAGUAUAUCAAAAUAAAUAUUGUUUCUAAAAGGAGCUGACUCUUCUGUUCA